ACCACCAGCGUAUAAAUUUGAAUUGUACUGCUGUUUCUAUAUGCUGCAGGUUUUGAAUAGGUAAGAUUUUCGACAUAGACAUCUCUUAUUUGCAGCGGGUACUCCGCUAGUAUUUGAUGUAUCUAUACCAUGUUGGUGUUCAUCGAUGUUUUGCUGCUCUCAUCAGCAGUUUAGAUCAGCUCCAAGUCUGUUACAGAAUACGUCUAUGUAUUUGUACAUUUCACUUUGAUGAAGAAAAAAAGAAACAUCUGAUGACGUAUGCUUUCUCUAUUUAUUUAGACGAUGCACAGAUAGUACUUGUUUUUUUAUUCAUAUGUUAAUUACAUGUCUAACUCAUAGAGAGAGAGAACGGAAGAACGCGAAGUACAAAACUUUUUUGCGCUUUACUAAGGUGAGUGAAAAUAGAGCACAAUAUUAUAAGUACAGGUCAAAGUAAUAUGGGCUAAAACAACGCUUAAAGAAAUAGAGUGACCCGUAACCUAUUUGUAUUUCGAAAUGAGUAUAAAACGUAGCUGCAGUUUUAAGGAUUUUCAGUUGUUUGCUUUGGUUUAUACUCACAUUUGGUGUAUCUAUUGACGACCUAUCGUAUUCAACCACUUAUACAAAACAAUUUACACACAACUCUUUUAUUAUCAACAAUAUUACAUUUCAAUCCCCGUUCAAAAGGAAACGAGUUGCUUCGAAAGCAUCAAUGGACAGGUGAGAAUUAUUUUCUCUGCUUUCAAAGUCAUCGUACACGCGACGUUGCCUAAUGUAUAGGAUACUGUUUUCUUCACAAGUUUCUUUCUAACCAUAUCUUUGCAUUCUAUUAUCGUCGCCCAGUGGCUGUAUUAACAGUUUAUCUCCCUUAUGUAGAUGUAUCUUCAUUAUAUUAACAUCUUUUACACCAUUAAGAUAGCUAAUACUAUCAACGCAACUAAUAUUAGAAACAAGUAUAGAGUGAUAAUAGGUCCAAUAUCAUGUCGAUCAUAGAUAAAGCCAGUGGCGGUCGAUACAUCGGCCACUAAUAUGAUCUAAAUGAGUUUUACCACGGUUUUAUCUCCAUUUCAUUCCGUCAAAACCCCUAUUGGUUUCACGUUAAUGCACACAGAUGAAUAGGGAAAUCCUCAAGUGCUAGUGCAAAUUGUACCUUCUAUUUUAUGACGUACUAGAUUAUACGUUUAAAUCUUUACAUGAUUGUAAGAUGGUGAACUAUCUUAGUUCCAUAUAGUUACUUCUUAUGAACUUCUACAUUGAUGUAUUCGAUUAAAAAUCCUUUCGUUACUGAACAUAUAGUAUCGUAUACAUCCAAAUAGUAUGUUAGUUUUUACACGAGUGUACAAAGUUGAUGAUUGCAGUGUUUCUCAUCGAAUGCAGCGGAGAAGAACACAUUUCAUGCAUAGUUUGGUAGAACUCAUAGAUUCUAACCGAUAGUGAUGAAGUAUUAGGUAUAAUAUUGUAUUUGCAAUAAUCAACAGCACAAUUCGUACUUUAUUCGUACCUCUUUGCAUCUCAUCUACGGAUAAAUCGGUGAUGAGAACGGAUGACAAUGAAAAAGUGAUAGCUCAGUACUUUUUAUUUUUUCCUUUCUAUUGCUUUUCGGAAGAUAUAUCCAUGCGUCACUUAUUGACGUCAUGACACCUGAAAAACAAGGUGCAAUAAAAAGUAAGUAAACAAAUAAUAUUUCUUUUGAAUACCUCGCUUGACUGUCAAUGGAAUAAUUAAAUGUGCGUAUUAAAGAGCAUUGCCGAAAGUAUUAUUAUUAGUGUAGAGUAUCAAGUAUACUUGACGAAAAAAGUCACAGGUGUAUCAUUAGGACUAGAUGAUGAUUUGCACAUCCUCAUGCUGACUCGUAUCUAAGCAUCGUCUUUCAGUCACUUUAUCUUGCUCUAUCUGCUUCUUGUAGUUCCGUGUCACCGUGGACACCUGUUAAACUGAUUUGCGGUAUCUUCAUCAUCUUGGGUAUCAUCAGUGGCGUCAUUGUCAUAUCCUUGCUUGUUCUGUAUUUGGAUCCAAAAAGCGAUGACCUCACAGUCAACUAUAACACGAACGGGGACUUCAAUACAGUUUUUGCUACGAACUUGAUUGUUGGUAAAGAAACAUCCGUAGUUGAUCUUGAAUCCUUGACUCAACAAGUAAAUCAACAUCUUUCUCUUCCAGCAUAUCAACUUGGUAUCCGAUCGGCUACAUUGGUACCCGGCACAAGCGUAAUUAAGGCUACCAGCACUAGUCGAAAAAAGAAGCGACAAACACAAACUAGAGGUGUCAUAUCAUGUGAUGCACACAUUAAUCAGGAAAAUGAAGAUAUCCAACAAGGCGACAAAUUUGUCGUCGCGUUUUACCCUCGUAAUUGGCCACCAUUGGUGUGUGGAAACAAUCGUUGUAAUAGAGACCAGAUGGAGAAGGUGAAAUCAAAGCUUGUUGCAAGAUUUGGCAUGACUCCAUUCUCACCUGCUGUAAAAUUAAAUGAUGGCAGUGUUCUAUCAAUUGAAACAAGAUUCUGUGUAUUUGGAUCAGUUGAUUCUGUGACAACAACUAAUACAACUGCCACAUCCUCGAUCAAACCAGGAUUACAAACAGCAAAUCCAGGGGCAACAGUAACAACAACAGUACCUCAAACGUCCUCAGCUUGCACGGAUGGCAUCAAGAAUCAAGACGAGACUGCUGUGGACUGUGGUGGGGCAAUAUGUGCAGCAAAAUGUGCUCUGGAACAGACGUGUUCAAAAAACGCUGAUUGUGCAAAUGGAAAUUGUCAUUCAACGUUGAAAACAUGUCAAAUACCAAGCUGUAGCGAUGGCAACAAGAAUCAAGACGAGACUGCUGUGGACUGUGGUGGGGCAAUAUGUGCAGCAAAAUGUGCUCUGGAACAGACGUGUUCAAAAAACGCUGAUUGUGCAAAUGGAAACUGUCAUUCAACAUUGAAAACAUGUCAAACACCAAGCUGUAGCGAUGGCAACAAAAAUCAAAAUGAGGUCGAUGUGGAUUGUAGUGGUAUCUGCGCAGCCAAGUGCUUAGCUACUCAGUCAUGUCUCACAAAUGCGGACUGUGCCUCUACAUUCUGUAGCACAACAUCCAAGAAAUGUGAUGCUAUAGUAUGGCGCAUACUUCCUUUCAUACUACACCCUGCUAGGCAAUCUCACACUGCAACGGUAUUAAUUGAUGGACAAGUGUUGCUGGCUGGUGGUGUGGACAGCUACUUUGGUUUCUUGCAGAUUACUGAACUUUACGACCCUGCCAUUCAAACGUGGAUGGCUACUACCGGCAAGAUGAAUUUUGCGCGGAUGUUUCACACUGCAACGCGGUUAAAUGACGGAACAGUAUUGGUGGCUGGUGGUGACAGCGGCAGUGGUGCAGUAAAUACUGCUGAGCUCUACAAUCCAAACACACAAACAUGGACCACGACUACCGGCAACAUGGCUUUAGCGCGGAUGUUUCACACUGCAUCACUGUUAAAUGACGGAAAAGUAUUGGUGGCUGGUGGUCAUAGCAGCAGUGGUGCAGUAAAUACUGCUGAGCUCUACAAUCCAAGCACACAAACGUGGAGCACAACUACCGGCAACAUGGCUGUACCGCGGAGGUUUCACACUGCAUCACUGUUAAAUGACGGAAAAGUAUUGGUGGCUAGUGGGGACAGCGGCAGUGGUUUGUUAAAUACUGCUGAGCUCUACAAUCCAAACACACAAACAUGGACCACGACUACCGGCAACAUGGNAAGUAUCACACUGCAUGACUGUUAA